AUGGGUCUGUCAAUAUGGCUCAGAAACUUGGUCCAAGGAUUCUGCACCAUCUUGAAACGUCCAGAAACUAAAUUUGAAGCUCCUCUAUCUGGUUGUGGACCUUCAACGCAAACACAAACGCAAACGCAAAUGCAAACGCAAAAGCGAGCACAUAUGCAAGCGAAUGCAUCUGCAGUCCCACCCUUGCAAUUGCUAUCUUCACCAGCCCGAGCAGUAUCUAUUCCUGCCUCACCAAAGCGUCUGACCAAACCCAAUGACUGGCUCCCUCAGCUGUCAGUCAACCCCAAGGAACGGCUACUGUAUCCACUGCCAGACACUUCACCAAAGCCUCCCCCAAACACACCAACCGAGAACAGCAAGUUCAACUUGGGGGUCUUCGACUUAUUCCCACGCCCACCAACCCAGAAGGUUGUACAUAAACAGGCAGUGAACCCGCACGCUGCACUUCAAGAAACCCUUCAAUGCCUACAAGUACGGGAUCCGCCCUUCACCAGUAUUCAAUACACCUCAGUACGACGAGGACGAAGUCAACAUACUAUCGAAGCAAGCCAACCCCAGGUCAUCUCGGACAUGGCGAAGCAAUCGCAGGCCUCCAAAGUCCGGAGAGGGUUGAAUAAGAUACCCAGGAUGGCGGAUCAGAAACAUCAGGGUUCCAUUAGUUGUGAAGGAGACCAUAGGUCGCGAUCCCCUAUUGAUAAUAGAGCUGCAAGACCUGAAUCCGGUACCAUCCCGGUUGACCAACUUCCGAAACUAAUCACGAAACACUGGGAGUGUGAAAAGGGAGGCCGUGUAGAGGAGCUUCGUCGUGUGAGCGAAGGACAGCGGGCUCCGAACUCAACAAUGAAUGCUGCUUUGCCUUCACCCGAAGUCUAUCGCCUAAGCCCUCGCAUUCGAAAAUCAUCGUUCGAGACUCUGUCUACUUCCUCAUCGUUGAAAACCCAGAAUGUUCCCGAGGAAACCCAGAUCGAGUCGUCAUAUACGAUGGAUGGCGUGGUUGACAACACUUGCGACAGUAUUCACCCAAGGACACCGAGAACUGUCAUUGCCCCGACGUUUGCCGCAGCGAUGUUCACUGAUAUUCAUACUUGA